AUGAUGGGAAGAAUUCGUGUUUGCCCUCAGCCCACAUACCCCAGUGUAUUACAUCUCUUCUGUAUUGGUGGAGUUACGGCCUUAACGGCGUGCGGUGGGGCGCUUCUCUUGUAUUAUCGGGGCGUAUGGGUUCCUGAGCGACGGCGACUCCUUCAACAACAAACGUGCCUCCCGCCCCGUCGCACGCGGCAGUUUAUCGCAGGAUCAGGUAGCUAUCAGCAGCAGGUAGCUGUGUUCCAGUACCAUCCGCAUGUGCUGCGCGAAAUCUUGUUCUGUGGCUUAGUUGUACUUCGGACAAUUCUGCUUGUAGUGCACAUGGUGCCCGUGAUAUGGUUUACAUUUCUCACAUAUGGACUGCAUUUUUGCAGCGAACCUGUUUUCUUCGGAAAAGUUCGCGAUAUGCUCCUAGCUAUGGGGCCAAGUUAUAUAAAACUGGGUCAGUGGAUUGCUACUCGGCCUGAUAUCUUCUCACCGGUCAUGUGUAGUGCGUUAGAGAAGUUGUACGAUAACACCGAACCGCACUCAUGGUCGCAUACAGAGAAGACGUUGCGCAACACAUUUCGUGAGUCGCCCCAAGGUUCUAAUGAUGAAGGAAGGAAAGGGGAUACCGGGACGCGACAGAACGUUCUUUACUACUUGCGUGAGAUCGAAAAAGUACCUGUAAACAGUGGGAGUAUCGCGCAGGUACAUCGGGCUGUGCUUAGGGAAGAUGUUGACGGUGUUCCCACGGGGACGACGGUGGCGAUAAAGAUUCUACACCCACUUACACGCGAGAUCAUAUGUGCUGAUCUUGUCGUGAUGAAGUGUUUCGUCAACGUUGUUACGACUUUGUUCCGAGAUACGGUGUAUUUGGACUUGCGGCGGGCCCUGGGUGAGUUCUCGUCUCUUCUUUGCUCCCAACUUAGUCUCGACCUAGAAUGCGAUAACUUGAAGCAGUUUGCAUUUAAUUUCCGUGACUUUCCGGGCGUUAUUUUUCCCAAACCGCUUCCGUCGUUCUGCACACCGGAUGUUUUGGUCGAGACAUUCGAAGAGGGUCGACCACUACAAGAAAUCCAGCCCUGCGAUGAGUUCCGCGACGCCGCGCAGCGGGGUUGUCACAUGUUCUUGAAAAUGUUGUUUGAAGAUAAUUUUGUGCACUCUGACCUUCACCCCGGUAACAUUUUAAUUCGGGCGAACCCGGGGGCCCCACUAAAUGUCCCACCAACUACGUUUUUUUCACCCACAACAGUGGAGAGGUAUCCCGACGGGAAGCCGAAGCUGAAGUAUGAACUCAUCAUCCUCGACGCUGGGCUCACCACGUCGUUAUCACCGGAGGAACGUAACAACUUCAUUUCAUUAUUCGCUGCGGUCGCUUGCGGCGACGGUAGUCUCGGUGCGGAUUUAAUGAUCGACAGACUUCCACCAGACGUGCGACCCCCCUACCCGGAAGCGAAACGGGAAAAAUUCCGCAUGGAUAUGACAAAUAUCUUCAAUACAGUGGCUCCUGGUGCAUCAGAUGGUUUUACGCUUCGCCAUGUGCGUAUCGGCUCUACCCUGUGCAAAAUUAUGAACACGUUGCGCGAGAACAAAACGCCAAUCGACGGCAACUUUGCAUCGCUUGUGCUAACCGUUGUAGUGGGCGAGGGCCUGGGAAGGAAGCUUAUACCUGAUUUUAACUUAUUCGCCGAGGCCGUGCCGUACCUUAUGGUACUGUUAGAGGAUAACGAGUUGUCUUAUCUUGCCAAUAAACUACGCAGCACAUAUGGCGCGGGCACGCUGCUACGGGACUCGCUAAGUUUGGUGGAACUUCAGCGCACCCCGACGUAUAUUGAGGCCGGACUCAGAAAAGCCUCCAAAACUGUGGACCGGAUCCUACAGCAACUGACAAGGCAGUCAGCAGUCACUUGCGCUUCGCAAGAGGAGAAAGCGUGA